UAAACGGUGUUAUCUUGACCCCUUUAUAAUCUGGCGUCAUUCAGAGGACUUUCCGAGCCAAUAUGAGGCCAUGAAAGUGGAAACACCCCCUCAUGAAGGCCAUUAUCAAUUUUCCAAACUCUCAUGAGUCCUUUCAAACCCUGCAAAAGAAGAUUAAAGUAUGAGAGAAGAUAGAGAAGCCAACGAAGACUGAGUCAUAAAUGUACAGUUCCAUUGUAUGAAAAACCGAACCAGACAUUUAAAGUCCUGCUUUUUCUGUCCAGAAUUGGAGGUUUCGUAAAAGUGUUACUUUUUUCUCCACCCUUUUUCUGUCUCCGAGCGAGGAUAAAUUGGAAGCAGUAUGGGAAUAAUCUCUCAAGUCUGAAGCAAGAAGAGUCGUCGUCCUUUAGCAUUUUGUUGCACAAAUGGCAGGAGGGUCAUUUACACAAGGUGCUGUGACGAGAGAGAGAGCAGCGCAAUACAAAGGGAGAGUUACAGCUUAUGUCGUCAUCAGCUGCAUUGUUGCUGCCACUGGAGGGUCUCUCUUCGGCUAUGAUAUUGGGAUUUCAGGGGGGGUGACUUCGAUGGACGAGUUUCUCCAGGAAUUCUUCCCGUCAGUAUACAGAAGUAGAGAGCAUGCACAGGAAAACAAUUAUUGCAAGUACGACAAUCAAAAUCUUGCAUUGUUCACCUCUUCUCUCUACCUUGCUGGUUUAGUUGCAUCUCUAUUGGCAUCUCCAGUAACAAGGAAGUACGGGCGAAGGGCAAGUAUAAUUGGUGGUGGAAUCUGCUUUCUUAUCGGAUCGGUUCUCAAUGCAGCAGCUGUUAAUCUGGCCAUGCUUCUCCUAGGUAGAAUCAUGCUUGGUGUUGGCAUUGGAUUUGGAAACCAGGCAAUUCCUCUGUACUUGUCAGAGAUGGCACCAACCCACUUGCGAGGUGGCCUGAACAUGAUGUUUCAAGUGGCGACAACUUUAGGAAUCUUCACAGCCAACAUGGUCAACUAUGGAACGCAGAAGCUUCACCCAUGGGGGUGGAGGCUCUCAUUGGGUCUAGCUGUUAUACCAGCUACUGCAAUGACAGUGGGCGGAAUUUUCCUUCCUGAUACGCCAAACAGCUUAAUAGAAAGAGGAUUAACAGAAAAGGGAAGAAAGCUACUUGAAAAGAUCAGAGGAACCCAAGAUGUUGAUGCAGAGUUCCAAGACAUCAUCGAUGCGAGCAAGAUCGCAAACUCAAUAGAGCAUCCCUUUCGAAACAUGCUGGAAAGGAGGAACAGGCCAGAGUUGGUCAUGUCAAUUCUCAUGCCGACGUUUCAGAUCCUUACUGGAAUAAAUUCAAUUCUGUUUUACGCUCCUGUACUGUUCCAGAGUAUGGGAUUCGGAAGGAAUGCUGCUCUAUAUUCAUCUGCUUUGACAGGAGGAGUUCUUGCUUCCUCAACAUUUAUUUCUAUUGCAACGGUUGACAGAUUGGGACGCAGGGCUCUGCUCAUCAGUGGUGGAAUACAAAUGAUCAUAUGCCAGGUCAUAGUAGCAGUAAUAUUGGGGCUAAAGUUCGGAGACAAUCGGGACCCGUCUACGAGUUACUCAAUAGUAGUUGUAGUUAUGAUUUGCCUCUUUGUCGUAGCUUUCGGAUGGUCAUGGGGUCCCCUAGGGUGGACAGUUCCAAGUGAGAUAUUCCCAUUGGAGAUCCGAUCGGCAGGACAGAGCGUCACAGUUGCAGUAAAUCUUCUGUUCACAUUCAUAAUUGCUCAAAGCUUGCUUUCCCUCCUCUGUUCCUUAAAGUAUGCAUUGUUUCUCUUCUUUGCGGGCUGGAUCACCAUCAUGACCAUUGUAGUCUUCCUUUUUCUACCUGAAACCAAAGGAGUUCCCAUUGAAGAAAUGGUCUUUUUAUGGAGGAAGCACUGGUUCUGGAAAAGGUUAGUGCCUCCUCCAUUCCCGGAAGCUGAUGCAACUGAUGUGUAAGGUAUACUGUUUCAGUCAUCCUAGACUAAGGUCUACAGAUUAUCAUACUUUUACAUACAAUGUGUAACGAGAUGUAUACAUAUUGAAUCUAGUCAUAGAAUGUAUUGUGUUAUCAUGUAUUUUAAGAAUUUCCCCGUCUUAGAGACUAGCUUCAAAAGUCGGCAAAAA